UUUUUUCUCAGCCGCACCGCCAAAGAGCUGCCUGAGCAUAGCUCCCGGAGCAGAGACUAUGCUGGGCGACUAGGCUUGAAGCAAUCAGUUCAGUUCGUUAGUGGACGCGUAGGCCAAAAUGCACAUAAUGAAUUUUGCCUCUCCGCGAUUCAUAUAUAGAAUGAGUUUUGCUUCUGAAACUCCAUCAAUGUUCUCAAGUAUCAUUAGGUAUUCAUUAUCUGGCCACCAUACAAGAAGAUAUAAUGCUCUUUCGCUCUCUCCAAAUCCAAAGCAAUCAAGUGAAGAGGAGGUGCUGGUGGUCGUAGGUGGUGGCGCUGCCGGAAUGUACGGUGCCAUUAACGCCAAGACAGCUGCGCCCAACCUCAAAGUUGUUGUAAUUGAGAAAGCGAAGCCCUUAUCCAAGGUGAAAAUUUCUGGAGGAGGCCGCUGUAACGUGACAAAUGGACAUUUUGCAGACCAUAUGAUUUUGGCAGAGAACUAUCCAAGGGGAAACAAGGAACUGAGAGGCACAUUUUUCACUAUCCAUGGUCCAAUGGAUACUAUGUCUUGGUUCUCGGAAAAAGGAGUGGAGCUGAAAAUUGAGGAAGAUGGAAGGGUAUUCCCAGUCAGUAACAGUUCGUCUUCCAUAGUUGACUGCCUCAUAUCUAAAGCAAGGAAGGGGGGAGUUUCACUGCAAACGGGAAAAGUUGUCACAAAUGUGUCUUGCAUUAGUGGUGGGAAGUUCAGUGUCAAGCUCGAGAAACGCUCUAUUGACUAUGUUGAGUAUUUAGAAGCAGACUAUCUGUUGAUUGCUAGUGGGAGUAGUCAGCAGGGUUACAAUCUUGCCACUCAACUUGGCCACUCCAUUAUAGAACCUGUCCCAAGUUUAUUCACUUUCAAGAUUGAUGAUUUGCGGUUGAUAGAGUUAUCCGGGGUCACAUUCCCAAAAGUGGAAGCAAAACUGGUAUUCGAAGCCCUUCGGACGAAUGUACCACAACUUACACAGGUUGGGCCCAUGUUAGUCACACAUUGGGGACUUAGUGGGCCAGUGAUCCUUCGGUUAUCUGCUUGGGGAGCACGUUAUCUUGCCAAGUCAGAUUAUAAGGUGUCGUGCAGGAGUUUUAUUGGUAGAUUUCGCUCCUGAGCAUCACAUUGAUAAUUUGAAGUCCAUAUUCAUUAAGCACAAGAAUCAUUUUGCGAGACAAAAGUUGCUCAAUUCAUCUCCCUUGGAACUUGGCCUUCCCAAGAGAUUUUGGAAGUAUCUUUUAGACCAUGAGGGACUAAAUGGAGAUAUCUUGUGGUCUUCCAUUUCCAACAAUUCUUUAAUGUCCAUUGUGUUUACUUUAAAGCAUUGCUCCUUUACUGUGAAGGGAAAGGGACAAUUUAAGGAUGAAUUUGUCACGGCUGGAGGAGUUCCAUUGUCUGAGAUCUACUUGAAUACAAUGCAAAGCAGGAUUCAUCCACGUCUAUACUUUGCUGGAGAGGUACUAAAUGUUGAUGGUAUAACUGGAGGGUUUAAUUUUCAGAAUGCUUGGUCAGGUGGAUACAUUGCAGGAACAAGCAUUGGAAACCAAGCUAUAUCCAACAUAGGAGUAAACAAUAUUUGUGAGACUGCAUGGUGAAAACUGACAAGAGCUCAGUCUCGAGACACUUGGUCUCAAGUAUGUCAGCUCUUCAAAGCUAAUGUAAAGGCAUGUAAGUCCGCAGACCAGUUUGCUAGGGAUUUGGCUUUCCUGUGUGCAAAAUUUCCGUUUUUCUCUUUGCUUCUGGAAUUUGCCUGAGUUUAUCACUCAGAGCUUUCCGGGUCUUAGUAUUUGCAAGUGUAAUACCGUGGAACAUACUUGGUCGAGAGAAGACAUGUUCAUGCACAAAGAAACACAUAGCUGCUAAAGUAAUGCCCCUCUGAACUUUUGAGAUGAAAUGACUUGACGUUUAGGGUGUGGUUCACGGAUUUAGAUCACAUUAGGUAAAUGGUUACCUCCCGGAUGUAAGAUAACAUCAUUAUUUGAUUGAGAAUGUAACAUUA